AUGGCCCGUCAACUCUCGCCUUCGCCGGGAGGCAAGACGGUGCUGCUGUUCGGCUGCCAGGCCCUGCAGUUCGACGCCAACGACUUCCGGCGCCUGCGGAGCGUCAUCCUGGACACGCCCGACAACCACUGGGUGCUAGACGUGCUGGCGGAGCUGCCCGUCUACUGGCGCACCGCCGCCACCAAGUACCUGCCGGCACUGCAGGCGCUGCCGGGUGAGCAGCAGCUGCGCGACCUGAACCAGUGGAUCCGCACCGGCAAAGUCGCUGACCGCCACUUCCCGCUGCCCUACCUCCAGCAUGCCCCGCUUCUGAUGAUUACCCACCUGCUGCAGUUUGCGCGCUACCUGCAGCUGACGCACCCGGAUUACGCCGUGCACGGCGUCGUGGACGCUGAGACGAGCCCGGUCGUGGAGAUUGUGGGAUUUUCGUUCGGCUUUCUCAGCGCCGCGGUCGCUUCGACCGUCACGAAUCGGGCCCAGUUGCGCGAGUAUGGGGCCGUGGGGAUUCGACUGGCGACUCUGCUGGGCGCGCUCGGGGAUGAACAGGAAAACCGCGAGAAGUAUACCUCGCUGUCCACCGUGUGGAAGAAGCCGGAGUUGGAGGGGGAGCUGGCUCAUGUGCUUGAGCAGCAUCCGGAGGCGUACAUCACGGUUCGAUAUGAUACGAACCGCGCGACUAUCAUGACGCCACGGAAGAGCCUGGGCCGGCUGCAGCAAGCGCUCCAGACGGCCGGAUUCUCCGCAUACCACAUCAACUUCAACGGGCGCUAUCAUUGGCCGGGCCAUCAGAAACUAUUGCAUACACUGGGGCAGAUGUGUGAGGCCGAUUCCGCGUUGCAACUGCCAGAUGCUUCGCAGUUGCCACGGCACACGUGGACAAACAUGACCAAUGAGCCUAUCUAUGAGGGUCCGCUUCAUCAGGUAGUUCUGCGCUCCAUCCUGGCCCAGCAGUGUCAGUGGGGUCCCACGUUUGCGGCUGUGCAUCGGGCCCAACUGGAAAACACGCAGUCGAUCGUGGUGGAACUUGGAUCGGAGCGCUGCGUCCCCCCGACAUUCAUGCGCACGCUGGGAAGCCGCGUGGUGCACUAUUUGGAUUUGAACCUGGACUUCCAGUCGCGCGUGUCGCCACUUCAGUCGACCCCGACGAUAUACGACGACGACAUUGCCGUGAUUGGCAUGGGUUGCCGCGUGGCUGGUGCGGAUGAUCUAGAGGAGUUCUGGAAGCUCUUGUGUGCAGGCGAAUCGCAACAUCGGGAGCUGCCGCCGGAACGCUACAAGGACUAUGAGACCCCAUGGAGGCCAGGCGCGAUUCGUCCCUGGUGGGGCAAUUUUGUCCAUGACAUCGAUGCCUUCGACCACAAGUUUUUCAAGAAGGUGCCCAGGGAGGUCAUGUCCCAGGAUCCACAGCAACGGUUGUUUCUGCAGGUCGCAUACCAGGCUCUCCAACAAGCGGGAUACUUCCACAAGAAGGAUGCCACUAAGGAUGUUGGGUGCUAUGUCACCUGCUGCACCGUCGACUAUGAGCAUAACGUCAAUUGCCAUCCCGCGACGGCCUAUGCUGCCACGGGUCUACUGCGAAGCUUCAUGGCUGGUAAGGUGAGCCAUUACUUCGGAUGGCGCGGGCCAGCGCUGUGUAUUGACACCGCAUGUUCCGGCUCCGCCGUUGCGCUGCACCACGCCUGCAGGGCCAUCCUCAGCGGUGACUGCAAAGCUGCGCUCGUUGGAGGCGCCAAUGCUCUCACGAGUCCGCUCGCGUUCGAUAAUUUGAAUGGAGCGUCGUUCGUCUCCCCCACGGGACCAUGCAAGCCGUUCGAUGAAAAGGCUGAUGGCUAUUGCCGCGGCGAGGGGUUUGCAGCGAUCUUUAUCAAGAAGAUGUCCGACGCGCUGGCUGAUGGUGAUACAAUCCUGGGUACUAUCGCCGGCACCGCAGUAGAGCAGAAUGACAAUUGUACCCCGGUGGUGGUACCUCAUGCACCAUCGCUGGCAGGUUUGUUCGACAAAGUCAUUCGCCAGGCCCACAUCCGCCCGCAUGAAAUCUCGGUUGUCGAGGCUCAUGGCACCGGAACACAAGCGGGUGACCCGGCCGAAUAUAGCAGCGUGAGGCAGGUAAUGGGUGGUCCACAACGAGCAGUCCCGCUGACGCUGGGCUCAGUCAAAGGGCUGGUUGGACACACCGAAGGUGUCUCUGGCAUGGUCGCGCUGGUCAAGGUACUCCUGAUGAUUCACGAAGGAAAGCUUCCGCCCCAACCAAACUUCCACAAUCUGAAUCCACACAUCCAGGCGGCUGUCGAAGAUCGGAUCGAAAUCACCACCAGGUUAAAGCCAUGGCAAGCAGAUUUCCGCGCGGCGCUGAUCAAUAAUUACGGUGCUUGUGGGUCGAACGCAUCCAUGGUAGUCACUCAGCCACCUGGCUUUCGAACAGGGAGCGGUGCCUCUGCCAUUCACGCCCCCGGCAUCUCCCUGCCCUUCCGAUUCUGUGGGUUGGACGAGAACCGUCUGCGUGAUUAUGCACGAAAGUUUUACAGUCUCUUGCAAGAUCAGGCAGUCUCCGCCAGCCAUCUCACAUCGUUGGCUAACGUGUCGUUCAACGUCGCGCGACAAUGUAGCCCGACACUCGAUACGCACCUGAUAUACAAUUGCAGUUCACUCAAAGAGCUCGAGUCGAGGCUACUGUCAGUUAUUGAUGGAGACGAAAGUCGAAUUCUCCGCAUGGCGAAGUCCGCCCGCCCCGUGGUUUUGUGUUUUGGUGGGCAGGUGUCAACUUCGGUUGGGCUGGAUCGCACCGUGUACGACACAAUGCACAUUCUGCGCAAUCAUCUCGAUGACUGCAGCAGAAUCCUGGAGUCGCUUGGAUAUGACAGUCUCUAUCCUAGCAUCUUCGAGUCCACGCCGAUCGCGGACCAGGUCAAGCUACAGACACAGCUGUUCGCUUUGCAAUAUGCCAGCGCUCGCUCCUGGAUGGACUGUGGCCUCACAGUAACGGCCAUUGUUGGCCAUAGCUUUGGAGAGCUAACUGCUCUCUGCGUAUCUGGGGCGCUGUGCCUUGAGGAUGCGUUACUCCUAGUCGCUAGACGGGCGACUUUGAUUCGGGACAGUUGGGGGCCAGAUCCCGGCGCCAUGAUUGCUGUAGAGGGCGAGCUCCACGAAGUCGAGCAUCUGCUAGCGGAAGCCGCGAAGUUUGUGUCGACUGGAACGUCUCCCGCUAGUAUCGCCUGCUUCAACGGUCCCCGUAGCUAUACAUUAGCUGGAGCAACAGAAGCGAUGAACGCAGUGCGUGUGAUGCUUUCCACAAAGCCAGCAUUUUCUCGUCUCAAAUACAAAUAUCUGGACGUGACCAAUGCAUUCCACUCAUCGCUGGUCGAUUCACUCGUUCCAGACUUGAAGAGGAUAACUGACGGAUUGACGUUCCGCGAGCCGGAAUUGCACCUGGAGCGGGCAACGGAAGAGCCAUGCACUGGAAUCCCCUCUCCAGCCAUUGCAGCUGAGCAUCUCAGAAAGCCGGUGUACUUCAGUCAGGCUGUCAAUCGUCUGGCAGAGAAAUACAAGUCGUGUAUUUGGCUCGAGGCUGGUUCCAAUUCAACCAUCACUUUGAUGGCCAGUCGGGCGUUGGGAUCAAGUGCUGCCGCAAACCAUCGAUUCCUAACCGUCAAUAUCACAAGCAAGAAUGGAGUCCAAAGUCUGACCGAUAACACAAUCGCGCUGUGGAAGGAGAGAGUCUCUGUCUCCUACUGGGCACAUCAUUCGUCGCAGACACCCGAGUAUGACUUCAUCUUUCUUCCACCCUAUCAAUUUGAGAAGAGCCGACAUUGGAUGGACAACAAGCCGUUGCCCGCAACUAGCCCCGAAGCGAGUGAAGUACAAGAGGAGCAGCCAAAGCCAAAAAUCCAAUUCCUAGGAUACCAGGGCUCGGCGAAGAUGACCGCCAAGUUCUCCAUCGAUACUACGCACCCCAGCUAUCGUGAAGCUGUGUCAGGCCACAUAGGUGCACAAACCGCGCCUCUCGCGCCAGCUUCCUUCAUGCUCGAUAGCGUGGUUGAAGCACUGAGAAGCUUACCAGAGGGCAAAGACAGAGUACCGCAAGUGAAGAAUGUCACCAGUGAUGCGCCGCUGGGGCUGGAUGAAAGACAAAACGUCUACAUCAUACUGACCGCUCAAGACACAAGCAAGACACUCUGGGAGAUGGAAUUUACCAGCGAGAAUCCUGAAAAGGGUGCACGAUCGCAGGUAGUACAUUGUGCUGGUCGGAUCAAGAUGUUCAAGGCCGAUGAUCCCGCGCUCCAGAGCGAAUUUUCCCGGUACGGUCGCUUGGUCAGUCAUCGUCGAUGCCGUGAACUCCUCGAAAGCUCCGACGUAGAUGACAUCCUGCAAGGUCGGAAUGUGUACCGCGCCUUUUCCGAGGUUGUGGAGUACGCUGAGUCUUACCGUGGGGUUCACAAGUUGGUCGGCAAGGGCAAUCAGUCAGCCGGUCGAGUGGUGAAGAAGUAUUCCGGUCAGACCUGGGCGGACACGUUUCUGUGUGACUCGUUUAGCCAAGUCGGAGGUUUCUGGAUCAAUUGUAUGACCGAUCGACCAGCGUCCCAUAUUUACAUCGCCAGCGGCAUGGAGCAGUGGAUGCGUACACCCUUAUAUGCUGACCCGAGCACACCGCGUCCUGAGACUUGGGAAGUGCUAGCAACACAUGAACGAGGAGAGGGCUUCUAUACCACUGACAUAUUUGUCUUUGACCCGGAAAAGGGCCAACUAGUAGAAACGUUCAUUGGGAUGAAAUACUCUUGUGUGCCAAAGGCAGUCUUCAGCAAGAUCCUCAGCAAGCUGGGGUCGAGUAUAGUUCCUCAACAGACUCAUCAUGCGGCAGUUGUGACAGAAGCAGUCUCGCCACCGAAAGCGACAGCUAGUGAUCCAGUCUCCAAGGCGAAAAAGGCAAAGUCACAGGCUUCCGAUCUGGUCGCACGCAUCAAGGGCGUGGUUGCUGAUUUUUGUGCUGUCGAUCCCAGUGAAAUCCACGAUGAUGGUAAUAUGGCUGAUGCUGGCGUCGAUUCUUUGAUGGCAAUGGAGUUGGCACGCGAGAUGGAGGAAGUGUUCAAGUGUACGCUGCCAGCAACUGAACUGAUGGAGGCGGAGACGUUCCGUGACCUAGUCCGUGCGGUGCAAAGAGCUCUGGGAAUCGAGACAGUCGAUGAAGCGGAAGAUAUGGAUGAGACCAGCGAGACUGGCACUACCUCUUAUACCGAGUGUGAAACAGAGUCAGAUGAGGCGGUUGACGCUGGUGGCACCGAAUCCGUGACUAGCAUGAGCACUGACGCGCCCGAGCUACAUCUGCCGCACGACAUGAUGUUGUGCGCGUUCGCCGAAACCAAAGCCUUGACAGAUCAGUUCCUCUCGGAGAACAACUGCAGCGGGCGCGUGCUUAGCUUCAACCCAGUCCAGAUGCAGCUUUGCGUGACCAUGACUCUGGAAGCAUUCGAGGAGCUAGGUUCAUUCAUUCGAAGUGCGCAACCAGGCCAGCGGCUCGACCGGAUCAAAUUUGAUGCCCAGCACGAAGAGUUGGUGGAAUACCUCUAUUCCCGAUUGGAGGAAGCUCGCCUGGUAGAGUUGGAUGAAGGAACCGUGAUUCGUACGAGCUUGGAGUGGACCAGCAUGUCUAGCACUGCCAUUCUCGAGGAAAUCGGUCGGACCUACCCUGAGUUCGUAGGUGCCAGCAAGCUUGCCUUUUAUACAGGUAGCAAAUUGGCAUCGGUGUUAAGGGGCGAACAAGAUGGACUCCAGCUGAUCUUCGGGACAAGAGAGGGACAGGAGCUUGUGUCAUGGAUGUACGGUGAUGAAUCGCACAACGUCAGUGGCUACAAGCAAAUGCUGGAUUUCAUCCAGCGGCUCGUACACAAGCUUGGCAGUCGUUCGGGGACAGGCCCGCUGAAGAUCCUCGAAAUGGGCGCUGGUACCGGAGGAGGUACAAAAUGGUUCCUGCCUGUGUUGGCCAAGCUUGGGGUCCCCGUCGAAUAUACCUUUACCGACAUCUCCCCUGCCUUCUUGGCGCAAGCCCGUCGGCGCUUCAAAGAAUAUCCCUUCGUGCUGUAUCGUGUGCAUGACAUCGAGAAGCCCCCGGCAGACGAUUUAGUUGGGACUCAGCAUAUCAUCAUCGCCAGUAACGCUGUGCAUGCAACCUCGAAUCUGCAGGUGUCAACCGGAAAUAUGCGUCGAGCAUUACGACCCGACGGAGUGGUCUUGAUGCUCGAGAUGACUCGACCACAGUUCACGAUUGAUAUUGUUUUCGGACUCUUCCGUGGCUGGUGGGUAUUCAAUGAUGGGCGAAACCAUGCUAUCACUAGCGAGAAACGCUGGGAAGCCGACCUCCAUGCCGUCGGCUACGGCCACGUGGACUGGACAGAUGGCCAUUCGGCUGAAGCGGGCGUGCAACGAGUGCUCUUUGCUACUUCUACCGGAGAGCAACGCGAACGGCUUCCGCUGGGGUCGAAUUUGUCUCAUGUGAGCCUCCUUGCCAGUGUUGACAAUGUUGCUCGAAAGCAAGCGACUGACAAGUAUAUCCGUCGCAGCAUUGAAGGCUUUACCGGACCAAGAGUGACCCAUAGUCCAGUGACUGGACCGGUCGCUGUUCUGGUGACGGGGGCCACAGGCAGCUUGGGCUCUCACAUAGUUGCAUAUUUGGUGCAGCUGCAGGAGGUUAGUUGGGUCAUCUGCCUCAACCGACCGGGGAAGGAGGAUCCGUUUGAACGACAGAAGAAGGCAUUUGCUGAGCGCGGUCUUGGUUUGAAUUCUAACAACUUGAAUAAAAUCACGGUGAUUGAGACAGAUACGAAAGAGGUAAAGCUCGGUCUGUCAGACGAGCAGCAUCAACUUGUACAGACGACUGUCACACAUAUCAUCCACAACGCUUGGCCGAUGAACGGUGCCCGCGGCCUGUCUGGAUUUGACUCUCAAUUCCGAACCAUGCGGAACCUAGUUGAUUUAGCAUGCGACAUCGCAUCUGUCCGACCUGCAAAGGAUCGAAUUGGAUUUCAGUUCAUAUCCUCCAUUAGUACGGUCGGAUUUCGUCCUCUGGUGAUGAGUGAGCCAGAAGUCCCGGAGGAUGAAAGCGUGAUUGACUGGGCGUUGGCCAAUGGAUAUGGCGAAGCGAAGUUUGUCUGUGAGCAGAUUCUGCAUCAAACCCUGCAGAGGUACCCAAAUCGAUUCAAUGCCAUGGUGGUACGACCUGGUCAAAUUGCAGGGUCAUCGCUCAGCGGAUACUGGAAUGCUGCGGAGCAUUUACCCGCCCUGCUGAAAUCGGCCCAGACACUCAAGGUAUUGCCUGAUUUUGGCGGGGUGUUGUCUUGGACGCCUGUCAAUACCGUUGCAGCCACUCUAAGCGAGCUUUUAUUCACCGAGAAAGCACAUUCCGUCUAUCAUGUCGAUAAUGUGGCUCGUCAACCGUGGCAAGAGAUGACGGCCAUUCUCGCACAGGAACUGGGAAUUCCCCUUGGUAAUUUGCUCCCGUUCUCGGAGUGGAUUGAACGGGUUGGGGCCUAUACUGGUCCACGAGAAGACAACCCUGCACGUAUGAUGGCGGACUGGUUGGCUGGCAACUUUGAGCGCAUGUCUUGCGGGGGAUUGCUGUUGGCGACAACGCGUGCCCGACGAGACGCGUCCACACUACAGAGCCUGGGGCCUGUUGAUCAGAGGACAGUGCGGGGAUACGUGCAGUAUUGGCGUCGGACGGGAUUCUUGAUAUAG